AUGCUCUGUGCUGCUGACCACCUCCUGGGCCCCCGGGUGGACGAGAGCUGUCGAGCCUUGGACUUCACCUUGUUCUUCGAGGAUUUGGUCUUGGGAUGCGUUCCGCCAGCCGUGCUACUCUUGCUGGUCCCCUUUGCAUUGUAUCAGACCCGACGGCAGCCUGUACGCGUGCACGAAGCUCCAUGGAUUGCUGUCAAACUGGGAAUCUUGGCAGCACUGUUGGGCCUGCAGAUUGCAUACCUGGUCGUCCGCAUGCGAUCAUCUUCUUUAAGAACGCAGGCCACUAUUCCCAGCGGCAUUCUGUCGGUGGUCUCGACGGCGAGCAUAGCCGUUCUCUCGUGCUGGCAGCAUCGUCGCUCCUGGAGGCCUUCUCUCUUACUUGGCCUGUACUUCCCCACGAUGAUACUAUGCGACGUGGCACGGGCUCGCACACUGUGGCUGGUGUUUUCUCGUUCAUCCCCCACGGCCCCUUCGUUGUUCACGGCGGCAACAUCUCUGACGGCUCUUCUGCUCAUCCUGGAGGAACGAAGAAAGAAAGGCGUCGCGUCCGACUCCAGUGCCCUAACCCAAGAGACGAAGAGCGGCGUAUGGGAUCGCACCUUCUUUAUAUGGCUGUUGCCUGUGUUUCGGCGAGGAUUCCGAGGGUUACUGACGAUCGACAAUCUUGCUGGGGUCGAUGCGGAGUUACAGGCUGACGUGCUUGCCAUAAACACGCCACCGUGGAUUACUGGUGUGGCUAACAUUGACCCCAUAGACGAUAUGACACGCCCUCAUGCCCUUCUGCAAGCGACCUUCCACGCCUUUGCCUCCUCGUUCCUGGCUGGCAUUCUCCCGCGGCUAGUCCUCCUGGCCUUAACCUUUGCCCAACCAUUCCUUGUCACUGCAACCAUCUCCUACGUUGAAAACCAGGGGGCCCAUAACCGGCCUGCUAUUGGCAAGGCUCUGAUUGGCGCGUUUGCCCUGGUAUACACGGGAAUCGCAGUUGCCACGGCUCUCUAUAUGCGACAAGCGUUUCGUUUCAUCCUGCGCGUGCGCGGGGCUCUGGAUGCUCUCAUCUAUCGCAAAACCACCCGCCGCAGAUCCCCGCCGACAGAAAAUGAGCGUGCCGCCAUGACAUUGAUGGGGACUGACGUGGAGCGGAUUGUGACAGGGCUUCGGGACAUCCAUGAGAUGUGGGCCUCGACCGUCAGUAUUGCGAUCGCCACCUGGCUGUUGGAGCGCCAGCUAUCCGGGGCUUGCGUUGUUCCCCUCAUCCUUGCAGUAGCUGGUUUCCUGGCCACGGCGUGGGUGGCAUCCCGGUCCAACACCGGUCAGAGGCGCUGGAUCGAGAAGGUCCAAGCCCGGCUUCAUACCACGGCAGCGCUUCUGCAGAACAUGAAGACUAUCAAAAUGCUAGGGUUGACCGGUGUCGUCGGCCAAUUCGUCGAGAGCCUGCGCCAAGCUGAAAUCGAGACCUCCAAGGGAUUUCGGAAACUCAUCAUCUGGCAAAUCGUUCUCUCGAACGGCCCCAAUACCAUCGCUCCCAUGGUCUCAUUUGCGGUUUUCAGUAUCAUAGCCGCGGUCAAGCAAGACGAGACCUUGGCCACGUCGCGAGCAUUCACCUCGCUUACCCUGAUCUCCCUACUCACGCUUCCCGUAUACACUCUUCUGCAGACCCUUCCCGCCUUGUGGCAAUGUCUCGGCUGCUUCGACCGGAUCCAGGAAUAUUGUAGAGCGCAGGUGGAACCCAAGGACCAGGGGCGUCUGACGGACUCGGUAGAAAUGUAUGCCCAGCCUCCUAUUCCACGCCCAGAGGCAGCCAUUACCUUCAAAGAUGCCACGCUGGGCUGGGCCUCACUGGAAAAGCCCGUUCUGCACGACCUCAAUCUCCGGAUUCCCCACGGCUCCACGACGGUCGUGUCCGGGCGCGUGGGCUCCGGAAAGUCCACUCUCCUCGCUGGUAUCCUAGGCGAGGCGACUUGCCUGUCCGGCUCCAUCCACGUCUCCUUGACCCGUGUGGGAUACUGCUCGCAAACCCCGUGGCUGGUGAAUGACACGGUGCGUAAUAACAUCGUGGGGUUUUCUGCAUUUGACGCCGAGCGUUACGCCGCGGUGACGUGGGCCUGUGCCUUGGAUGAAGAUCUCCGACACUGGCCCGGGGGAGAUGCAAUGAUCGUGGGGGGAGGCGCCAUGAGCUUGAGCGGAGGACAGAAGCAGCGCGUUGUAAGUGAUCUCGUCUCUCUUUGUUCCCCGGUCUUGCUGACCAAGCGGGAGACGCUGGCCCGGGCCGUCUAUGCUCAACCGGAGCUGCUCUUGCUGGAUGAUAUUGUGAGUGGACUCGAUCUCCGAACGAUGGAACAGAUCACGCAUCGCCUCCUCGGUCCAGGGGGGUAUCUCCGGCGCCAGCAAAUUACUGUCGUCCUCGCCACUCAUGCCGGUGGCCAUGCGUAUCAGGACAACCCUCUAGCUGUAGAUGGGCUUCCAGUAUCCCGGGAUAGCACGACCGAUGAGACGGGCUGUGGACGUCGGCCUUUUUUGCCGGAUCGAUCCUGGUCUCGUCCUUUUGCGGGCAAUUCCCGAGUAAGUUGCUCACCAAUCCCCCUCUCCCCCUUGGGCUGCCCCUUUCCGAUCCGACUCACCAGACGCAGCGUUGUGGCUCAGCUGGUGGUCUUCCGCCAACGACCGGAAUCCCAAUCAGCACACGGGCAGGUACUUUGGCGUCUAUGCGGGUCUCUCGAUUGGAUCGCUUUUGGCACUCAUCCUGGCAUGCCGGUGGGUUAUCAUGUUUGGGGCACCCCAAACCGACGGACAGGGCUGACAGCAGACCGAGAGCAGAGCACUUGUCAUCUCCAUGAUAUCCAACUCGGCAAUGAAACUUCAUUCGGAUCUUCUGCACACGGCGACAAAGACACCGACCCCGGGGAAUUGACCAACCGGUUCAGCCAAGACAUGGAACUGAUCGACAUGAUGCUUCCACUCGUGGCGAUCAACACCGCCGACUCGGCCGGGUCCUGCCUGGUGAAGCUGGGUAUUCUGUGUGCGGUCAGCAGCUAUGCGGCGCUGACAGCGCCGUUCUUCAUCCUGGCGCUGUGGGUCCUCCAGCGGUUCUACCUGCAUACUUCUCGGCAGGUCCGACUGCGCGACAUUGAAGCAAAGGCGCCGCUGUACUCGCACCUGCUGGAAACGAUCGACGGGCUGGCCACCAUCCGAGCCUUCCGGUGGACGACGGAUUUCGAGACGAAGAAUGAUCGGCUGACGACGCGGUCCCAGAUUCCCAUUUACACGCUCUACUGCGUCCAGCAAUGGCUGCAGGUCGUGCUCGAUAUGAUGGUGGCCGUCCUGGUGGUCAUCCUCAUCGCAGUCUUUGUCUUCUGGCCGGGGAUGUAUACCCCCGGCUCCGUCGGCGUGGCCUUGAACAUUGUCAUCACCUUCUCGACCGGGCUCGCCUCCCUCAUCAAGAAUUGGACCAUGAUGGAGACCUCGAUCGGGGCUGUAGCUCGCGUGCGGGCCUUCGUUCGCGACACUGAACCCGAAUGUCCCACUCCCGCACCCGCCAUGCCUCCUCCGGGUUGGCCAUCCGCCGGCGCCAUCGAGUUCCGCGACGUGAGGGCAACUUACAGGAACGAUGGCCCCCCGGCUCUGAACUCCGUUUCCCUGCAGAUUCCUCCAGGCACCAAGCUCGCCAUCUGCGGCCGCUCCGGCAGCGGCAAGUCCUCGCUCAUCCUUUGCUUCCUGCGACUCUUAGACAUCCAGCAAGGCACCAUCACCGUCGACGGGAUCCACCUCGCGACCCUGGACCCGGCGAGUCUCCGGACCCGCUUCGGCACCGUCCCCCAAACACCCUACUUCAUGCCGGGAUCCAUCCGCCGCAAUCUCGACCCGCACAACACCGCCUCCGACGCCGAUAUUAUCCGCAUCCUGCAAGCUAUGGCCCUCUGGGAGCGGGUCCACGCGCUGGGCGGCCUCACCGCCGAACUCAGGGACACGGACUGGUCUGCGGGCGAGCAGCAGUUACUCUGCCUGGGGCGUGCGCUGCUCCGUAGAAGUCGGAUUCUGUUGCUGGAUGAGGCGACGAGCAGUAUGGACGCCGCCACAGCCACGUCAAUGCAGCAUGUCCUCGAAGCGGAAUGCCGGGACUGCACGGUGCUUGCCGUCAUGCACCAACUCCAGCACGUCGAACGGUACCACCUGGUGGCGCUGAUGGAUGCUGGCCGCAUCGUCGAGUUGGAUUCGCCUGCCGCCUUGCUGGCGCGAGACUCGGAGUUCUCGAGGUUAUACCGUGCACAGGCUGCGACGGGGACAAGGCAGCUUACAUGA